AUGGAGAAGUGGGGUCAGCCACUCAGCUGCCUCCCGUUCCCCCAAUGACGUCUGGUUGUUCGGUGGGGAGAGGCGCCGCACUCUCGGCUACCAGGUGCACGGAGCCCUCGUCCCCAUCUCUCCUACCUUCAGAACUGAACAUUCAUCAGUUCGAUCGAGAUUCCUUUCCUUAUAUACAUAGAGUAACCCCUUUCUGAUUCUUUGCUGCUGGUGGCGGGCGGCAUCCGUUUCAUGCAUGAGUGGAGGAAGAUUUGAUUUCGACGAUGGUGGGGCGUAUUGUGGAGGAUGGGAAGGCGGCAAAGCGCACGGCCACGGCAUCUGCACCGGCCCCAAGGGCCAGGGCGAGUACUCGGGCUCCUGGAACUACGGCUUCGAGGUGGUCGGCGUGUACACCUGGCCCAGCGGCAACACCUACGAGGGUUACUGGUCUCAGGGCAAAAGGCACGGCCUGGGCUUGGAAACUAAGGGGCGCUGGGUUUACAAAGGCGAGUGGACACACGGUUUCAAAGGCAGGUACGGGGUCAGGCAGAGCCAGGCGAGCGGGGCCAGGUACGAGGGCACCUGGAACAACGGCCUCCAGGACGGCUACGGUACCGAGAAGUACGCGGAUGGAGGUACAUACCAAGGCCAGUUCACAGGAGGGAUGCGGCAUGGUUAUGGAGUGCGCCAGAGUGUUCCAUUUGGGAUGGCCACCAUGAUACGUUCGCCCCUGCGGACCUCACUCACCUCACUGCGCAGUGAGCAUAGCAACGGCGCUGUGUUACAACAUGAGCCUCCAGGCGACUCGCUGGCCACGGCCACAUCUGCCACCCUAGGGCCAGCCCGUGGCGGCUUCGCACUCAGCCUCCACAGUGCUGGCGAUGCUGAGCAAAAGCCCAAGAGGAAAGGGUUGUUCCGGCGGGCUUCGCUGCUUGGCAAGCUUAGAAAGAGUGAGUCCAAGAGCUCUCUGGCCAGCCAGAGGAGUAAGCUGAGCUUCCUGAAGAGCGAAACCGCCCUCAGUUCCGCUGCCAGUGAUGCCAACUCCACCAUCAGCCUGGGCGAGGGUGGUGGCGAUGACUUCCCGCCUAUCGAGGCUGACAUUGAUGCCACGACCACAGAGAGCUACAUGGGCGAAUGGAAGAGUGACAAGCGGUCGGGCUAUGGUGUCAGUGAGAGGUCUAGUGGCCUCAAGUACGAGGGCGAGUGGCACGACAACUUGCGGCACGGCUACGGUUGCACCACCUUCCCAGACGGCCGUAAGGAGGAGGGCAAGUACAAGAACAAUGUGCUGAUCAAAGGCAAGAAGAAGCACCUCAUCCCCCUGAGGACCAACAAGCUGCGGGAAAAGGUAGAGAGGAGUAUGGAAGGAGCACAGAGGGCAGCAGCCAUAGCCAGGCAGAAGUCAGAAAUUGCACUGUCCAGGUCUUCACAUGCUAAAACAAAGGCUGAAGCAGCAGACCACGCUUCCCUUGCUGCAAACAAUGAAUCCAGUAUUGCAAGGGCAAUUGCCAGGGAGCUCUCUCCAACAUUUUACCAACCAGGUCCAGAAUAUCAAAAGAGAAAACUGCUACAAGAAUUGAUAGAAAAUGGAGAUAAUGUGGAAAAUACUGACCAAGAGCCCCCAUCAAUAGAAGAGCCUCCGCCAACCCCACCAGAGAGUCCUGGAAUCCAUGAUAAAGCUACAACUCCACUUGAAUCUUCUCCUGCUGUCACUCCUUCACCGAGCCCCAUAGAGACACCACCGGAAGUCAGAAAAGGUAGAGAAUCAAAUCUCAAGGUAGAGGACUCCAACUACCUGAGUCCAGGCAACUGGAACGGGGAGCAAAAUAAAAACAGAAGCCUCACCACCCGAUCUAGCAAUCUUCCUGGAGCAUCUUCUGAUGUAUUGACAGUUCAGAUUGAGAACAGGCCAACUGCUGGCAGCCGAAAUCUAUCGAGGAGCUCUAGCCAUCAAAGUAACAGAAGGACGCCAAUAAAAACGGAGGGACAGUUGCAAAAUAGCUGUGAUUUGGACAUAAAACCUUUAGAAAGGUUUGAAAGUAAACCUCGCACAGCUCAAAAGAGCAAACCAAGAGAAACAACCCCACCUCAUCAUAAGGCUGAUGCACAGUUUCAUGAAAGUUAUCACAGCUAUGCUGUACGGCCACAAGUAGGACCUCCUCCACUGGAUUUAUUGGAUGAUGAAGUUUUCGUCCCAUCAUUUUCCUUCAAGAAAGAAGCAAUCCCAAAAGGUCCUUCAGGACAAGAAUCAAAAGCGGAGGUUAAAGUGAAAAAGGCAGUACCAGAAUUGGAACCAAAGCCAGCACUUCGGGUGCAAGAAGCUGCACCUCAUCCCAAACAGGAAAAACAGCUACAGGCCCUGCCAGAGCACAGACCUCAGCCCAAGCCAGAACCCAAACCUGCACCAAAAUCAGUACCUAAAGUGGUACCACAAUCUAGUAUGGAAGGGAAGGAGAUAGAAUCAUUUGAUCAGGGACCCAAUACCAUUAUGAUUGCCAUGGUCAUUUUACUGAACAUUGGCUUGGCCAUCUUGUUUGUGCAUUUCCUGACAUGAUUUGUUUUUGAGUCAUUGCAGACGUCUGUGUUCUGUCUCUUGUUGAGAAUAAGGAAGAUGAAUUUUGGAAAAUUGUACAUUCUGCAAGACUUGACACUCAAGAUACUGCAGAAACUGAUUACAGUGGCCCUUCUUGAAGGAUUCUCCGAUCUGUUUUCCAUCACCAGUUUGUGCCCUAAAGUUUUGGAAAUGAGAUACAUUGGGAGAGAUACAUCUGAGCUGAAUUUAUUUGUAGAAACUAACAGCUGCCUUACCUUUUUGCCUAUGUUUAUAUUACACAGUAUUAGCUGCCAAGGUUUGUGCUCGACUGCUUGAAUUAUUCUAUUGUGUAAAGGGAGUUGGGGACUGAGAUGGGAGAGGAGUAGAGUAAAACAGAUUCUUAUGGUUCUAUUUCAUAAACAAAAAUGUUGAGUUAGUUCAGGGAGAUCUUGCUCAUGUAUUUUUGUAGCUUGAUAACUUUUUUGGUUAAAAUGAGUAAAGCAAAAUGAUUUUCAAUAUGAAUUUUACUAUACUUAUUUGGCAUACUUAACUGAAAGAUUUAGGGCUAUAUUUCUCUCUUCACUAUUUCUGGUUUUAAAAAAAAAGUAAAGUGGUGUUCCCUAGUUUAGAAUCCUCUUUUACCACUAAAAAGACCUUCAGAUGAAAAUACUCCCUUUAGAGCUUGACUUUUGGAAAAGGAAAUGUGGAUGCUGUGCACUGCAUUCAUAGGACUUUUUAUAUGUUAUGAAGGGAAAUAUUGGUCUACUGUGAAUUUUUAAUUAAUUUUUCUCACUAUAAUAUUAUUCUAAUCAAAUGAGUACAAGAACAAUAACUCGUGUUUGUUGCAUGUUUUAACAAUGAGAUGUUUUUAAAUUACAUUUUUAACCUAAUUAUACAGUCCUGCCAUAAAUAGCAUGCAUUUUUGAAUAACUAAUCAACUAAAGUGAAUGCUCAGAUUAGUUCUUAACAUCAUUUUGCUUUAAGAUUUAAAUUGAUUAAAAACUCAUAGAAGACCAAAACUACUUUGCAACAAAUUUAACACUUCACAUUUUGAAUGCCAUGUUAGUUUGAGACUGUGCACCUAUAGUUUGUAACCAUAUAUUUUUGAGAAGAAAUAUAAGUUGUAAAUCACAAACAUUUAAAAUGGAUGCCUAACAGUAUUUUUGCCAGAAUAUUCAAAGUGGGAAAAAUCAGAUUAAACCAGAAAUUUCACACAGUACUUGCUAAUUAAUUGCUUGCAGAUUAGUAUUUUCCUUCUUUUGGCUAAAAUACAAAAUGUUACAAGCUGUCUUUCUUCCUUUUCUCUGCAUGUAGCGCACUUUGUAGAAUGUUAGCACAGAUGAUUCUAAACCUUGUUUCACAUGUAACGAGGUAUAUAUGCUUUUGUGUUGAUAUACAUUCAGGACUGUUUUUUGCUUUGUAAGAUUUAUAUAUAAAAAAGUAUAAAAUUACCUCAGAGACGCAUGCUUCUCCAAAAUUUUGAUUGAAAUGCUUAUUUGGUAUUUUCAGGUCUUACUAUAAUAGAAAUAACUUCACCAGCCACGUUGAACAUUUAUCUUCCAGAUAUUUAUUCAUUUCUACAGAUGUUAUUAAAUACUGUCUUCUUAGGUAUUUCUACAUGAAGUACUUUGUGGAAUGUGCUUAUGUAAAUCAGAAUGUAUUUUUAAUUUACGGCUUUGGUAGUUAAGAAAAAUUCCUACAUGAGUUGAGUGUCCAAAGCAUUCUAUGGUAUUAUUCUUGUGAGGCUGUAUUCUUUCACUGCCAUAUGAUAUGAUGUGAUAAUUAAUUGAAGUGAAGUGAGUUAAAGGUAACAUAAUUGAUCCAUAAGGCAUUUAUUACAAUGAUUUAUACACAAAGGAAGGAUUAGUGCCUUAUACAGAAAAUAUUUCCUAUCACAAAAUAGUUCUGAUGUUAAAAUUUCAUUUAAAAUAGUCAUUUUUAGUUAUCAGUGCUACUGAAUUUAAAAUCUCUAUUUUGAAUGAAAUGUAUUAUAAUUUUAUGAAAUUUGGUUCUGUAUCUAGCUGAUCUUGUGACAAAUUGUAGUAUUUUAGAAAUGUUAUAAAUUAUAAUGAUCUCUAAGAUUUUUGUCAUUCACCAAAGCUCUGCUUUGAAUGCUUCUUCCUAGAAUGUUUUGACAAGUUAAAAUAUUAAGACCAAUUUGAAAUUCUGUUGGUAUUGUUGAAAUUGGACAUUAACAGGUUAUCCAUCCCAACACACCCCUUCCCUUCCCUCUCUGGAGAACACUCCCAACUUUUUCUUAACAUUGUUAGUAAUUUUGAUUUGGGCUGUUAUAAUUUAAAACAAGCUAUCUUCUUAACUGUGUCAUAAUUGAGGAACUUGCAAAGAAUGGGACUGAUAUUAUCUAACUGAGCUUUGCAUUAAUGAUGAGAUAAGUACAUUAGAUUUUACAGCUGAGUAGCACUGAUCUGCUGACUACAGCUUUUAACAACGUCCUUUAAAGACACCUAAGCACCUGUCUAUUAUGCAAAUCAGAAAUAGGGUUUGGUACCCCAUCACAGUUUGAGAAGACUUAUGGAGCAAUCAUUCACUGUCCACAGUUCAGUCAUUGGGCUUUUUAUUGUAGGACUACAGAAGGAGAUCACUUGCACAGGCAAUGUGUCUAAAGAAUUUUCUGUCAUAUUUUUGUAUGCUAGGAGGAGUGUUAGUGCUGUUCACUGGUUUGUUUCUGUCCUGGAC